AUGACUUCUGACGAGCGCAGAGAAAGGUAUUUGUUGAGCGAGUGGUGGAAGAUGUGUUGUUGUUGGUCGAGAUGCAGGGCAGUGUCUUGUUCCAAGAUCUUGUCUGCCAUAGUGAGAACAAAAGUGACGUUCUUGAGGUCCAAAGAACGGUCUUUGAGCAGUUCAAAAGUCUCAAAGGGUAGAUUCAAUGGGAAAUGCGUUGAAGAAAGACAAAACAACACUCUGGCGUUGGGAUCGGGGGGUAUAGUGUUGAAUACCGUGGAGAGUCUGGCCGGGUUCAAAUCCUCAGCUGGCCGCCGCUUUGGUUUGGUAACACCCCCAUUUGCAACAGUUAAAAGUCUUGAAAACCAAGUUGUCGGUCUCCUCAUUAUAUUUGUAGCCCAAUUCGUUCAGGAACUUGUCGAACUUGGCAUUGUCCUCUUCAGGAACACAAAUACCCGCCAAAACCUUGCCAACAUCAUCGCCAUGGUUACGAUAAUGGAACAAGGUCAAAUUCCAAUUCAUCUCCAUGGAGGACAAAAACUUGGUCAGGGCACCAGGACGAUCUGGGAACUCGAACGAAAUGAUCCGCUCGCCAGGAACAUGCACUUUACCUCCCACAAGGUAUCUUCCAUGACUCUUGGCCAUCUCGUUGUCUGUGAGGUCGUAGGCCUUGAAUCCGACCUCUUCCAAUUCUUUCAAAACUUUAGCGGUUUCCUUAUUUUUGUCAAUAACGGAGAAAGAAGUGAAGAUGUUAGCCAAACCGGUCUCUUCAGAAUCCACAGAAAUUCUAUAAGAGAACUCGGUCACAUUUCUGGGAUCAAUGAUCUUGUUUAG